AUGGCUCAAUUUCAACAAGACUACGAGUCGUCUGGGUACUCUACGUCGGCUUCGAGUGAGUUCGGAAGUCUCGACGAACGAAUUCAACUCAAGUUUCCCCCGGCAACUAUCAGAAAUGCGUCGAAGAGAAGAGCAGAGGAAAAUAUGGAACAACUCGACACAAUGAUGAAGGCGUCGUUGGUGUUGUCACCAGAGAAACGUCUCCGUUUGGACGGUGAGGAUGAGUUGGCGAGAAGAAAGAAGGAAGCUGAGGAGUUCGAUCCGAUUAUAGCCAACAAGGCGGGCCGUCCGCCCACCAGAAGAUCCACUUCUCAAGAUAUCGAUCGUUCGCCACGUGUUCGUGCUCUUCGUGCUCUGAACACCGGCAGCACCAUCGACCAGGUGCGCAUUGUCUCUGGCUUGUCUAGUGACUCGAUCUCACCGAAACUAAUCGGUGAGGCGUCGCCAAGAAGACAUUUCCAGUUCAACGAGAACGGAUCGAUCUACUCGAAACAUCGUCUCGGCGCCACGUUCUCGCCGUUGGUCGCUGGAGCCAAGAGAAAGAUUGCCACGCCGUCGCAGACGAUGAGAGGACUCAAUCCUUCUCCAGUCGACUCACCAAGACGUGGCGGUCUCCGUAAUCGUGGAACUCCACGUGCCAACUUGAUGCUCAGCGAUCGAUUCAAGAUGCUCGACUGA